UUUCACUCGAAUGUUGACGUCGCAGGGAAGAAGAAUGCAUUGGAGCAUUUGAUGAUAAUGUGAAUCAAUCUGUGACCAAGUCUAUUUUUAUUUUCCCGUGACGAGUUCGGAGGCGGACUGGCCAUGAGAAACUCCACCAAGGAACAAAAGCUGCCAUGUAAGUAAUACAAGAAAGAUGAAUCGCCUCGCCGCGACGGUGGGGGCUGUAGUAUCGUUCUCGUCAGCGACGAGCGCAACAACAAAUGCUGCGCUAUCACUUGACAACGGGAAUGACAGUGAAAGGAGAGCGGUGGUGAAGGAGGAUCAGGGAAAGCCAUCGUCGAACGACGCGGAAUUUACUGACGAGGAGGAGAAUGCUGACGUGACCCACGCGUUUUCGGCGGAGUCCCAGGAGGGAGGCUGCGGGCCUUCUUGCGAGUCAUCCUUCGUGGAGGUACAGCUCGACGCGAGACAUCGCGGACCGUCGCAGCAUGGCAGGCACUUCGCACAGGCGCCAUCGGAUUCCGCGUCUUACGUUAUCAUGUCAUCGGAUAGUGACGUACUUACACCCGAUUUCUGUUUGAAUGCGAAAGUAAUUACUACUAUCGGCAUUCGCUCAGAGCACACUUAUUCGGACCAUCGUACGCCUAUCGUCGUAGUCUCGCACACACUACUUAACUGGCUUCUAAUAUAGCGCUCUAAUCAGAAUUCAAACAGCACGAUGAGAAAACGAUGAAGAAGAAAAGAGGAUAGAUGUGCAUUUUUGAAUGGAGCGAUGUCAGGCUUGUUUGUGGACCCAAAAUAGCGUAGUGCUGGAGUUCGCAAUUGGUAAAAGCCCAUAGCGUUUGUGAGGAUCGUCACCUCUAUCAAAAUUUCCAAAUCUGUUGCUCACCACGACUACAGGGAUCGCAGAAGGAGCGCAGGUUCAAAACAGAGGUGGGCGAAAUGGAGGAGGAGCUCUUCAAUGAAGAGGGUGCCAAUCUAUUUCAGAUAUCUAUUUUCGAAGUGUUUGAGUUUAUUGGUGCAAUCUUCCAUUUGUUUGAGAACGGAUACUACCCCUUUUUCAAAUCAAAACACAUUAGGACCCGGGGGGACAGGAAGAGCCCCCCGGUAGCGCUAGUCUCACAUGGGUGCACACAUAAGGACGUUGACGAAGAAACACACACACACACACACACGUCGGUCAAAAAACAGAAACAAUAUGCGUCCAGCACAAACUGCCCUGACUCGCUCACCGGAUGGAUGCGCCGCCGAGGUCCGUCGCUGCAGUAGCUUAAAAAAUAUAUAGAAAGAAAAAUAUAGAAAUAGUAGCGGCAAAGCUAUGUGUAGCGCUUUCCUGGUAGAACAGCCGCGCCACGCCGCUGAGCGGGAGACGGCCUGUCCGGUGAGUGAGUGCCCCGUCAACUGCUCGCCGGGGCGCUGCGUGGAAGGGCAGCGCCGCCGCAUGUCGAGCCGGGGAACUAGUUUGCUUUCGAUUGCCUUUUAUUUUUUAAGUUCCCCGUCAUCUCAAAUCCCCCUUAACUUGCCGCCUUACUCUUCACGGACAUGGGGGAUGACAUCAGCGCGUAGAACGGUUCGAACCAGACUCGGGCUACAAGGCCACAGGUAAACUAUCCCAGUGUCUUCCGGCCGGCCUUGACGCAAACUGACUACUAAAAACCUCGCGGUAGCUGGGGGGCGUUCUAGUCUUCGGUCUAGAUCGUCGUCCUCUACCAGGCUUGUACUACCUGAAAGGAGAACUUCGGCUAGGGCAACAAGAUAACACCAAGCAGCAUCCGCACGCAGCAUCCGACCCGAGAGUAGUCAGCCGGGCCAUUUCUGAAGGCGCUGCGAGGUGGGCGGAGAGGCAUCACGCUAGCAGUUGGACGGGAGCAAGGCCAGCGUUCUUCUGUGUGAUGUUCGUCGUAUACUGUCCUGCCUAGUUCACCUAUGUAGGUUAUCUCUCUCUCUCUCUUUGAGUUUAUUGGUGCGAUUCCCUGCGACGCCAGGACUGCUGUUGUGCGAAUUAUGGAGUAGUUACUUAAAACUAUUUCAAUAAGGGGCUCGCUUCCAUUUGCCCAACGCCGAGAGAAAAACGGCAUCUGCAGGUGAAAUAACCAUCGACGAAGACGAGAGCAGCGGCAGCGACUCGAUUGGGCCCCUACUCGAUAAUCCUGAAACGAAGCCUCGCGUCGGCAUUGGAUACAUGGGCUUCACAGCCAACGAUUAUCGUCAGGAUAAAGACUUACCAGAUCAGCACCCGCACAAGAAAGAGGCGCGAGAAAUGGCCGAGAAGCUGGGUCUCGAAAACGGUGCCAAUCUGUUGCAGAUAUUUAUUUUCGAGGUGUGCAUUUAUUGGUGCGGUUCCCUAUGACACCAGGACUGCUAUUAUGCGAAUUGUGGAAUAUUUAAAACUAUUUCAAUACGCGGCUCGCUUCCAUUUGCCCAACGGCGACAAAAAAACGGCAUCUGCAGGUGACCACAGCAAGGACGUAGCCUUAGCCAAAGCGCCAGCACCGCCAGCAGCGACAGCAGCGACAGCAGCGACAGCAGCGACAGCAGCGCCAGCAGCGCCAGCAGCGACAGGAGCGCCAGUAACGGCAGCAUCGAUAGCGGCGCGCGUCGGGCCUCUUGAUGCUAACGAGUUGGAGUUCCUGCGAGUUGGGUCGCAGCUGAAGGAGCCCCUCGUCGGCAUUGGGUACAUGGGCGCCGAAAAAGACCACGCGCAACCGCAUCGCACUGGGCAUGACCGCAAGGGGCACGAGUCGGACGAGUCCGGCUACGAGGCGGACCAGAGCGGCUCCACACAUGCCACUGGGCCUGGACUAGACCAGGAUCGAACGGAUUGCCCUUGGCCCGAUUCGGACCUCACCGGCUUCACACAUGCCACUGGGUCUGGAUCACACCAGGAGAGACCGCAUCCGACUGGGCACGACCGCGAAUGGCACGACCAGCACAAAGGGCACGGCCAGCACAGGGGGCACGGCGAGCACAGGGGGCACGGCCAGCACAAGGGGCACGGCGAGCACAGGGGGCACGGCGAGCACAAGGGGCACGGCGAGCACAGGGGGCACGGCGAGCACAGGGGGCACGGCCACAAAGGGCCCGAGCCGGGCCGCGCCGGCUCCACGCAUGCCAUCAAUCUCGACCUCAAUCUCGCACCCCGAACCAAACCGCAAUCUCGGACCCCGUACCUUCGGGAGCCGCCCGAAUUGGAGCGCCGCGACUAGCGCGGCCCACAUGCAGGCGCAUCGCCGGGGCGGAAGCCGGAGAAGGUAUUGAUUCAGUGUUGAGCAAGAGAGGAAGAGCAUUGAUUUUAGGGGCAGCGUUGUCACCUGAUAAUUUUUAGUUUAGCGAAAUCGAAAUUACGGGACUAUUGCGCUUCGUCGGGCUGCAAGCUUGAGCGGCAAAACACAAAAAAACACCUCGUUGGGCUUCAGGGGGUAAGUAUUAGAUGAUCCAAUACAUCAAAAAACAGGAGGGACAUCUCCGCACUUCGCGGUUGCGCUGUGAGGAUAAGCCCAGUUGUUGAAGUUGCGCGACGACGACUAGGCUCAUCCUCCUAGUGUAAAUAUAUAGAAUGACUUUUUUUUACUCAUAUCAUGGGCGCCGAGGGAUGAAACAAGGCAAAGCGUCCCACAACCCCAGCAGCCCUUCGCUGUCUUACUCUAGUAGAUGAUGAUGUUGAUGACCAUGUUCAGAGAGGACGUCCAGACACCGAACGGUGACCAAAAAGUUGACCAGAAACGAUCGGGAAAAAACAACGUUGUUGGAUAGACUCAAUCGUUAACCGUAUCUCCAUCUUCAUCCUGAAAUUGGAACUCAAAUGUAAACACCUGUAUCAAAAAUUUUAAUGUAUGUUUCGCGUUUCAAGAAGUAUAUUGGGGCUCGAUUACUAGGCGCUGGUAUCGGCAGGAGAGGGGGUAGUUUUGUUUUUUUAGCACGAGAAUACCAUCAGCUAGGUACCAUAGUCAUUGAAUACAGAUUUAGAUGACCAUGGCGUUUCGCGCAAUUCAAAAUUAAUAGCAUGGUCUCAGAAUCUCAUCAAGCGAGCAGAAAUGGAGCCAGAGUCUAGCGGCCAAUUUGUUGUUCUGUUAAAUAGCGUUGCGCUCACAGGCUGUGGUAUCGGUAUUAGAGCAGGGAUCCUGAUAUUAGCGCUACAUAAUACAAGGUAAGGAUCUGAGCCGCGCAGUGGAGCGUCCAUGGAUCGAAGUAGCUUACGGCGCGUUUCAGAUGAUACUCCGUCGUGGUAAUUGAGAUAUAUGGAAUCUGUCAACAAGCUCUAAAUUUAUUCGAUCCCAUAGUUACACAAGAUCUGGAAGUAUUUGAUGUCGUUCGCAACGAUCUAAAUAAUGAAUGUUGAUCUUCGAUUGUUCGCGAUCCGCAAAUCGCAAAGCGAUCAGAACUAGGGAUCAAUCCCGGCAUACAUGUCGUCAUUGAUCUAAAUUCCUUGAAAU